AGAAGAAAAGGCGGAAGGCGCCAAUUUUGUAUGAUUGUUGUUGUUUUCAUUAACUGUCUGUUGUUCUCAGCUUGUUCACUCCGGUACAGUGAUGGCUGAUAAUACUUUUCCUGUUCACAACGCGGAGACGUUAGUGAACUUUUAUAGAAAUGAUGUUCUCACCGGACAAGAAGCAAAACAACUCACCAAAAGCGACCUGACUCCGGUUCCGAAGCCACAAGCUGUUCAGACUCUGUACAUGAGAGUGUUACAUCUCCUGACCGACUUUAGACCCGAGUGUCACUCCAUGGUUCCUCUGUUGGAGAACAUCCAGUAUCCAGCCUAUCAUGAGGAAGCUACUUACAUUCUGAGUGUCUACACGUGCAUGCGUCAGUUCCUGCCCAUGUGCAUGGUGUAUGACUUCUCACUCAGUGAUCUACUGACUCCAAAGGUCAGACGUGGACAGACUGCAGACGUUGACCAGAAGCAUCCAAGAAGCAGAGAAGAAGAUUGAGAUGUUGACAACCAUCCCACCGGAGCAGCAGGCCGAGGCAGAUGAGCUGGCAGCUGCUUUCUCUGAGCUGAAGACUAAAACCAUGCACGAGUAUCAGGAGGCGAGCGCCGUGGACGAGAGUGUUGCAGAGUGGAAGGCCAGAAUCGCAGAGACCACACAGAAGCUGGCCCAGAUAAAGGUGGACGUCGGGGACCUGAAGGAGGACAUCAGUACUCUAAAGUCUCAGAUUGUUGAGUCUCCAGAGGAACUGAAGAGUGAAAUGGAGAGGAUGAGGGAGUGCGUUAAAACCAUGAAGAUCUCCAUCAAAGACACAGAUGAGCGUCUGGUGGAGCUGCAGAACAUGGUGCAGGGUGUGGGUCACACCGAGGCUGAGGUCCAGCAGAUGUUCAGCCUCCUGCAGGACCUGGAGAGCAGCAUGAACUCCACCAAGCAGCUGCAGGAGGAGAAGCAGGAGCUGGUUGCUCAGUAUGAGAAGAAGCAGAAGGAGUUAAAACAUCUGUGUGUGGAGGAGGGUCAGCUGAAGAGAGCUCAGGCCAUGAAGAUGGACAAGGAGUGCAAACACAACAUUCAAAAACAGAAGAAGAAGGAGAUGAAGGAGCAGCACGUUCAGGAAGUGUUGGGGACCUUUGACCACAUCCUCCAGAAGCGUGAGGAGAUGGCCAACAAAAUCCAGGAGAUUUCUGCAGAGAAGCAGCAGCUGAAGACCAAGAUCAGCAGCCUGAGAGACGUGUGCAGCAAAGAGACAGAGAAGGCUCAGCUGCUGUUCGAGACCCUCUCUACAUCCAUGGAAGAGCUGCACAAGAGGAUUGAGAUGCAGCUCACAGAACUGAACCUAAACCUAGAGAGGAUGUCCAAGUGAUGCUUUUACUUUUUGUCUGUUAUUUUGUUUUCUUCUUCACAGUUAAAGUUGAAUAUUUUUUGUUUCACAAUAUUCUUGUACAUUUCUUCUUCUGACCAUCUUUCUGAAUUUACCACUGAAAAAAAGAACAACUUUACUGAAUUGAGCUGUAUAUUUUUAUUAAAACAUUUCAUUUAAACUGAACAAGUCUAAAAAAUAGUUGUUGGUUAAUGUAGUUUUUAUCACAUUUUUCUAAAAAUAAAAUGUCGCAUGCAUUGUGUAAGCAGUCCAGACUGCAGGUUUAUCAUGCAAUUUUUUUUAAAUCAGAUUACUGUUAAUAAACUAAGUCAGCUCUGGA